ACUUCACUCUGACCACCAUGAUAGGAACUCCAAUAAGCAGAGGCAAAUAGAUACAUGCAUAUCACAAGGCACACACUUCCAAAUCCACCUAUUCUAAACUGAAAGGUCUUAGUGAAAGUGUGAAUACCCACAACCACCACAUGUUAGACAGCAUGGAAUAUACUUAUUCAGCAGAAGCAGAAACUUACACAAGUAGCAGCAGCACUCCAUCGACUGCUAUGAGAAAGAAGAAAAACAAUAACAACACAAGAAGAUUCAGUGAUGAACAAAUCAAAUCAUUGGAGUCCAUGUUUGAGACAGAGUCAAGGCUUGAACCUAGAAAGAAGUUGCAGCUGGCAAGAGAUCUUGGAUUGCAACCAAGACAAGUUGCUAUAUGGUUUCAAAACAAGAGAGCUAGGUGGAAGUCAAAGCAACUUGAGAGAGAAUACAGCAUACUCCAAGCCAACUAUAACAAUCUGGCUUCACGUUUUGAAGCUCUAAAAAAGGAAAAGCAAACAUUACUAAUUCAGUUGCAGAAGCUGAAUGAUCUAAUACAAAAGCCAUUGGAGCAAAGUCAAAGAUGUGCACAAGUAAAAGGAGCAAACAGCAUGGACAGUGAAUCAGAAAAUGGAGGCACCAUGAAAUGUGAAGCUGAGGUGAAGCCAAGCCCGUCAAUGGAAAGAUCAGAACAUGCACAUGGUGUUCUUUCAGAUGAUGACACAAGCAUAAAGGUAGAAUACUUUGGCUUGGAAGAUGAACCUGGCCUUCUGAAUUUUGCUGAACAUGGUGAUGGUUCCUUGACAUCACCAGAAGAUUGGGGUACUUUUGAAUCAGAUGAUCUAUUAGGCCAAUCAAGCAGUGAUUACCAAUGGUGGGAUUUCUGGUCCUGAAUGAAACAGAACACCCUAAAUUUUGUGGAGGAAAAUGUAUGCAUAUGAAUCAUGUCACAGCCAUUCUCAAUUGGCAGGGUAAAAUCAAAGGGCCUGGGAAAGGGAACAUUUUUUGUGUACACCAAUCAGUCAUGUAGAAAUGAAGUGUACUUGUUCUUCUUCAGAAUCUGCUACUGCAUUGAGUUCAGUUGAAACAAAAAUUGCAUAACCAAAAGGAGAAGAAUCCUAGAGAAUUAAGAAUGCCAAGUAAACUUGAAAUCUUCAGUUUUCUAAGCAUGAGAGAUCAAGAAUGUUGCACAGCUACCAUACAUGUAACCAACCAGAGCUAUACCUACACUUGCCCAUUGAAUAAAAGUACACAAACCAUCAUUGGUAAUAAAUCACUGUUUGCAGUCCAUAACCCAGCUUUUGUAAUUAGUUCUUAAUAAAUUGCUUCUUUAAUGGAGUUGAUGCUUUGCGAG